AUGCCUGCUCCGACAGCCCUCAAGCAGCCUCCUCCUGCUCCCGAACAGCAGGCUGCCCCCGCGAUCACCAACGAGAACGAAGAUGAACUCCUCAUCGAUAUCCAGCAGGCUGCGGCCACUCUGACAGAUCCCAACGCUGCGGAGCCUCCAGAAGAGACCAUGGAGAACGAGAUGGCGGUUGAUGAGGAAGGCAGGCCAAGGUUUGCGCCGGGAAAGAAUAUUGAUCCUAUUCGGCGGAUUGAGACGAGAAAGAUCCCGAUUCCGCCGCAUCGCAUGUCUGCUCUGAAGGCAAACUGGACUAAGAUGUACGAGGAUCCCUUGAAAAAACACAGCCCAGAACUCUUUUCGUAUACUAACCUGUCGUUUAGCUAUCCUCCUCUGGUUGAUCAUUGCAAGCUCCAAGUGCGCAUGAACAUCAAGGAGAAACGGGUCGAGCUGCGGUCCAGCAAGUACACCGUCAGCAACGAGGCUCUCCAGAUGGGCGCCGACUUCGUCUCCGCUUUCGCCAUGGGCUUUGACAUCGACGACGCUAUUGCGCUCUUGCGUCUCGAUUCGUUGUAUAUUCAGUCGUUCGAUAUUAAGGAUGUUCGCCAGACACUCGGCCCGGAUGCUCUUUCUCGUGCGAUUGGUCGUAUUGCUGGCAAGGAUGGAAAAACUAAGUUCGCGAUUGAGAACGCGACGAAAACACGUAUUGUCCUUGCCGGGUCCAAAGUUCACAUACUUGGUGCCUUCGAGAAUAUCGGCAUGGCCCGCGAGAGCAUUGUCUCUCUGGUUCUUGGCGCUCAGCCAGGCAAGGUUUACAACAACCUCAGAAUAAUUGCUUCGAGGAUGAAGGAGAGAUGGUGA